CUCUUUUCUGUCCCAAAACAAACGGAAACUCAAGCGAACCAAAGACAGAGCCAAAACAAACGGAAACUCAAGCGAACCAAAGACAGAGCCAAAAGUCAGAGACUUCAAAAUUUCUCAAGAUUCACAGCAAGUGCCUACCACGCUUAUGCAGAGGUACCUGAAAAGGCAGGGACUUAGCCCUACUCCGCCGUCAAUGUCUUCGCCGCCACCACCGCUUCGUCGUCUUUCUCCUGAACAAGAAAUCUCCGUCAUGGUCUCCGCACUCAAAAACGUCAUCACCGGUUCCAUCCCCUCCUCCUCCUCCUCCACCGCCGCGGCCUUUGAUUUUCCUAUCGAUUUUGGUGCCCCUGGGGGUUCUUCUUCUACUGUUAAUGCUGGGUUAGACGCUGAUUGUGGGAACAUGGUAUUCCAAGCGAGUGAAGUUCUAGAUAAGUGCCACGUGUGCAAAUUUGACGGCUGUUUGGGGUGCAAUCUUUUCCCGCCAAGUCAGCAAGAACAAAAAAGUGGCACUACUUCCAAAACUAAACGAGUAAAGAGAAACUACAGGGGAGUUAGGCAAAGGCCAUGGGGCAAAUGGGCCGCGGAGAUUCGAGAUCCGAACCGCGCCACAAGGGUCUGGCUUGGAACGUUCAACACGGCGGAGGAAGCAGCUCGCGCUUACGAUAAAGCAGCUAUCGAAUUCCGUGGACCAAGGGCUAAACUUAACUUCCCAUUUCCUGAUAGCAAUAGCAAUGCCAAUGUAACACCACCACCACCACCAGCUGCAGCCGCAGCAGCAGCAGCAGCAACAGGAACAGCUACACCAACACCAACAACUGCCAUUGUGUUUAAUCAAGAAAUUAAUAAUAACUCGUUAAAUUUGCAACAAGAGAGUGAGAGAAAUCAUGUGAGCAUGGAAAGGGACACGGAAAUGGGAUUCGGGACUGAGUUUUGGGAUGGAAUAAGCGAAGAUGAGAUUCAACAGUGGAUGAUAUGAUGACAGAUUUUGGAAGGGACAACAAUUCUUCAGAUUCUGCUACUAUUACCGGGAAUGCUAAUAGUUCUUAAUCAGUUUGAUCGGCGCAGCUGUUACGAAUCUGCUGUUGUUUUUAUUUCUACCCCAUGGCUUCCAGCAUCUAACUGGAAAGUUGAUUUUCUUUCUUUUCAGAGGGUGUCUAUAAUUAGAAUUUCUUCCAUAGGCUCUUUCUCAUUUUAUUAGUUGCAAGAAAGAGUUCAAUGAAGGUGAUCGAUGAAAUUUUUUAUGAUGAUAAUUGAUUAGCGUAAGAUUGUAACGUCUCUUCAUUUGAUAAAAUUCAUGAUUAAUCAUUACAAUAUGAUGUGAAACUCCUCCA